AUGGCCACACAAACUGUUCCCAUCGUUCCCCCUCGACCGUCACGUUCUUCACAGCAGCAGGGGCUCGCCCCGGAAUCGUCGAUAGCCAUGCCUACCAUCCCUCCUCGCCCUGCGAAUAAGCGUCUUGAUCGCUCCAUCUCGCCCAUGCGCCCCAGCUAUGCGCCCUCGCCGCUGAACGACUGGCCCGGCUCGAGUGUGAGCCGCACAGCCUCCACAGAACCCAUUCAGCGUCCGCCCAGCGUGACGAUACCCUCCCUGGGCGAGGAAGGCAUCGAAUACGCAGAUAUUGACAGUCACCAACAAGCUCCUGCCCAGACGCGCAAUGUCGGCAGUGAUCUACAGCUCCAUGCCCCCAGGCCAUCUCUGCCUACCUCGAGCGCCAAGGCACAGGUGCAGGCGGUCACCCGUUCAGACUCGCGGCAGCUGGCUGAGGCGGGCUUCGGCAAAGCCGGAACCCCCGUUAACGACGACAACGAACGGUCCAGUCGUUCGAUCCACUCGGUGGCCAACGGGUCCCGCGCCGCCUCCUCAACGGCCUCCUCCGAGCGCCGUCAGUCGGACGACCAUGGCAUCCCCGAGAUCGGCCAGCGAGUUCCUAUGUAUCCAGGCGCCGGUGAUGUGCAAGCUCCCUCGCCCAGUCCUUACCUUACCCCCGAACCCACAGCUGCCGCUUCCGCCUCUGGCAGCCCUCAUCGCCCCGCCCGCCACCACCAGCGAACCCGCAGUGGCCGCGAGGUGUCCCUCCCCCCGGGCAGUUAUGGCCUCCACGGUCAUGGCGUUCAGCACAACGACAAGUUCGAGAAGGCCUGGUACGAAAAGCAUCCGGACGAAUUUGUCAAGGAGGAGGGCCAGUACGGUCCGGGAGUGGGAACUCCCCGGCCCGAUUGGGCAUUGAGCAGUGAUGAUCUGAACAAGAUCGUUCGCGGAGCUCCGAAGCGCUCCGGUCUGGGUAGGUCUACCGGUGCUGUAGGCACUCCGGAAGAGGAGGUCGGGUAUAUUGCCUCGGAAGAAUACACUUCUCGCCUGGCGUCACCUCCCCCCGACUCUCGUCGUCUCUCGCAGCCCGUUGCCGAGUCGCCGCUGCGGAAGAUGAGCUUCCCCGUAUCCGAAGUGGGAGAGAAGCAGUCGACGGUGGCAGCGCUGAAUGAUCACGAAGAAGACCAUUCUGAACAACCCCGCGUGAUUCAUGUUGAUGAUCCUUAUCACCCUCUGCAUCACCCUGAUGGCUUUGCGAAGUCCCCCGCGUCGGGCGAACAUCUCCCCGGGUUGGUCGACGGUGGUGUCGAGGGUCGUCAGGAGCCAAUCUUGGCAGCCGAUGAGAUCCAUCCGGAGUCAGCCCACCUGCACCCGGUCAUCUCCCCCACCUUUGAGCGGAGAGUCAGUGAAGACAAUGAAUCACGAAGCCAGACGCCCAGUGUACAUAGCCGUCCGAACAGUCGCCCAUCCAGCACCUACGGGAUGAUGGCCGCUCUGGCGCGAAACAAUUCGCGCGGUGAGGAGCGGGAAGACGUUCACACUCCCCUGGAGGAUGUCGAAGAGUACGAACCGCUGUUUCCCGAGGACGGUGGUGCCGACAAGGCCAGGCCGUUGUCCGAGCGUCUCAAGAGCCGCCCUGAUCUGGCCAAGCAUCGGUUUCCGAGCGCCGAUAUCUGGGAAGAUUCCCCGAACAGUCUCCAAUUGGAGGCGACCGUGACGACUCCCGACCUUCCCAAACCGGAACCCACUGGCGGCGUCGCCGUCGCCUUCGAGACUCCAGACCAGGAGGUGGCCCGCAAGGGUCAGACCCCGCAGAUCAACGCUCACCGGGUCGCCUCGCACAUCCUCGGGGCGACGACGACACAAGGGACCCAACAACCGCAGGGUGCGACUCGACCUGACCUGUCGAAGCAGCGGUUCCCCAGCCGGGACGUUUGGGAGGAUGUACCCGAGAGUCACCAACUGGUCACCACCAUCGAACCUGCGGGUGAAGAUGAAGUCAAGAGCCCGGAGGCUGCCAGUAAACCGCCAAUUCCGACUCGUCCGGCCCGACGCCCGCAGCAGGAUGUCACAGCAGCUGGUGCUGCUGCUGCUGGUGCUGCUACCAAGUCUCCCGUCUCUCCCACUGACAACCGCAAACCCCCCAUGAUCCCCGACCGGCCCAAGCCGCAGAUUCCUACCCGACCCGUCCGGCGGGCCCCAGAGGCCGAGCAAGCCAAGGAUGCUUCGGCUGCUGCUCCCGCAGCCGCCCCAGCGAAGAGCAAACCCGCCGUCCCAUCCCGCCCCGUUGGCAACAAGAUAGCGGCUCUCAAGGCCGGCUUUCUGUCUGACCUGAACUCACGCCUGCAGCUCGGCCCGCAAGCCCCGCGGGUUGCCGAAAAGAAGGAGGAGGAAGACGGCGAGCCCGAAGCUCCGGUCGAGAAAGCUCCUCUGAGUGAUGCACGCAAGGGCCGAGCGCGGGGCCCCGCUCGCCGCAAGCCUGCUACUGAGCGGGCCAGUGACGUGACAACGACGACGACGACGACCGCCAAGCUGCCGCCCAUCCCAGAGAUCAAGAUCACGGAGACGUGGAACGUGUGGCAGGUUGGCGUGGACGGAAGCCUGACCGUUGGUGCUACGCAGAGUGAAGCAGCGGAGCCGCUCGAACCUGUACCACCGGUCGAGGCCGCGCCGGCUCUAGCCAAGAAUAUGGCGGGCGAACCUCUCUCGACCGAGUCGAUACCCACAGAACCUGCUGCUGCUGCUGCUGCUGCUGCUGAUGUGUCACCCACGACUGCGGCAGAGACGGUGCAGGAUUCCCCUGCGCAGUCAUCGUCUGUGUCGGAGGAGGUGCUCGAGGACAUGGCUGCGUCGGCAGACGGGAAGAAACUCUCUGACGGGGAUGUCGAAAUCAGUCAGUAG